AUGCGGAGCGCCCUGCUGUUUGCAGUCAUCCUGGCCCUCAGCUCGGCUCGCAGUCUUGGUGCGGUCUGUGAGGAGUCACAGGAGCAGGUGGUGCCCGGUGGGGGUCUCAGCAAGAAGGACUCAAAUCUCUACCAGCUGCCCCCAUCAUUGCUCCGGAGACUCUAUGAUAGCCACGUGGUCUCCCUGGAUGGAUUGCUCAAGAUGCUGAGCAAGGCCAGCGUAGGUCCAAAGGAGUCACCACUUCCCCAGAAGCGUGACAUGCAUGACUUCUUUGUGGGUCUCAUGGGCAAGAGGAACCUCCAGGCAGACACUCCUGUUGAUAUGAACCAAGAAAACAUCCCCAGCUUUGGCACCUUCAAGUACCCCCGCAGUGUGGAAUGA